UUGGUUUUGAGUGAUAAAUAACAAUAAAAUUUGUCAGACAUUUGUAUUUUAUUCAUACGUUAUGUUAAUGUUUAACACAAACUAAACAAUGAUUACUAUAAUUAACUUAAUUUUAUAUAUAUUUACUUAAACUGACAGUUAUUUUAAUUUAAUUAUCAAUUAUUAUCAUCAAAAAAAUUGACAUCAAUUUAAUUUGUUUUAAAACAAUUGCUUAAAUUAUAUUUUCAAAAACAAUCAAAUAAUUGUUUGCAUUAUUUUAUUAUUUUUUUAAUUAAUUUAACACUUUUUUAGUUUACAGGUUUUUUUCUCCGUUGAUUCACUCGAAUGGUAAUACAGAUGAUGAGUAGUCACGAAAGCGCUGAACCGGAGGCCUGGGCUAAGGCCAGACAAUCGUUGGCACGAGUGGUGCCUCAGAGGUCGCCAGUUAUAGGUGGUGGAGGAGGUGGUCAACAGCAACAACAACAACACACGUCUCAGACAUCGCUUCCCUAUAACUACAACUAUGCUUAUGGUUCGCCGUACGGAUAUGGCAACAAUUAUACGAGUUUUAUAUCUCCGCAAACACCUCAGUCCGUUACAACCGGUCAGUGGCCGCCACUGACGUCAUACAUGGUAUCUAAUUCUUACCCCUAUAUUGCACCCGAAUCUACUGGUGUUCGCCAAACAUAUGCCAACCAAACUAUGUCUACCAAUCAAACCAUAAAUACUAUGAAAGUCUCGAACACUUCAUCGAUACCUCCGCCUCCACCACCACCUCCAGUAUCCCAUUCAGUAUCUUAUUCUUCGGCCAACGGUUCCACUGUUGUCGUCAGUAGCGAUCCAGCGAAGCAGCCGAAGAGCGAGACUGUUGAAACAGUUGCGCCGACGGCUUCUUCGCAGAGUUCUUCUACGGCAAACACUGGGAUUCGUUUUCAAUUAUCGAAGUCAACGACUCCUUAUAGUAAACCAAUGAUCAACAGCUCAUUUGCAGCCAAACAACAGCAGAGCAGCAAUUCGUUUGACGAGAAACGACAACAACAGCAGAAGAUAAAUGAAACGCAAAACAAUAGCAAACAGUCUAAAAACAAGUCGAUAUCUGCCAAUGAUAUGCCACCCGAUCAGUGGCCCGAAAGUCUUAGGGAAUAUGUUAACCGAGCCUUUUCUGCCUGUUUUAACGAAAUAGAUAAGGAUAGGAUUGAGAUUAUAUUGAAGGGAAAGCUAACCAAAGCACAUAACGAGGGCUCUCUCUUUACCAAAGACUGGUCCAAAGAGCCGUUACCGAUGCUCUCAUUGACACCCAAUAAUAAACCAUCGAUUUUAGAUAAUAGCAGCCGACCAUUGAGUCAGUCAGUUACUACCACUACAAAGGAUAAGUACAAUAAUAGAGAGAAAGAGUUUGAUCGAAAGCGUAAGACAAGUAGUAGAAGUAGGAGUAGUUCUUCGUCACCAUCAACUGAUGAUUACGAUUAUUCACCAAAUAAUAAGUAUAGAGAAAAACGAAAGAAAUCAAAGAGUAAUAAUUACCAAAAAUCUUCGUCACCCGACUUGAGUCCUACAUCUGAUUACAUACCAUUCGGUGGUAAACAAAAUCAGAAUAGAUUGCAGAAUAAUAAUAAUAAUAAUAAUAAAACUAAUGGUAUGACAAAUGAAACGACUCCUAAAAAGAGACGUAAGAGAGGAGGCAAAGGGAGAAAUAAGAAUAAUAAUAACAACUUCAACAAUAAUAAUACCGUUAAUAAUAAGAUUAAUAACAAUAAUAUACAGACCGCCAGUACAGCCAUUCCUCAAAUGCCUGUAUUACCAGAGCGAAUGGCUUUACGAAAGGCCCGCUUUGAAGCUAACAGUCAGAAUAAGACCAAAAAGUCAUAUUCCGAUUCAUACGGCAAUCCCUUUCCUACUACUUCUUCUUCUAAUAACAAUAACAUGUCCGACGACAUGACAUUUGAUUUUAGCACUUCUGGUGCCAUUGUUGGCACGUGUCUUGAUCUCGAAAAACAAUACCUUAGGCUAACAUCGGCACCCGAUCCUUCCACAGUUAGGCCCGUUCACGUAUUGAAGAAGUCGCUGGUAAUGGUGAAGAAUCAUUGGAACGAUAAUCACGACUAUUACUACGCCUGCUGUCAAAUGAAGUCCAUCAGACAAGACAUUACCGUUCAGUGUAUUCGCGAUGAGUUUACCGUUGAGGUCUACGAAAGUCAUGCACUGAUUGCGUUAGAAAAGGGUGAUCGCGAAGAGUUCAAUCAAUGUCAAAGUCAACUAAAAGUUCUGUAUGAGAGCAUUGAUAGUAUCAAUCGGCCAGAGUUUACCGGUUAUCUUCUACUCUAUUACAUUGCUAUGCAAAAUCAGUCGGAUUUACAACUAUUGGUACGUAAUAUGAGUAGAGAUGACCUAAAAGACGAGGUAAUAUCACAUGCACUCCAUGUGCGAAGUGCAUGGAAUUUAAGUAAUUAUCAUAAGCUUAUGAAACUAUACCAAUCCGCGCCUAAAAUGUCCAAAUCUAUUAUGGAUUGGUUUAUCUUAAGACAGCGCAAACAAGCGUUAAAAGCGAUGAUAAAGUCAUAUCGGCCCACAAUAACCGUGUCGUUUCUAAUGCAAGAGCUUUCUAUUGACACCAUAGACGAGUGUCGACAGUUUUUGUCACAGUUUGAGAUAACAUAUCAGACCGAUUCCCUCAUUGAUUGUAAAGCCUCGCAAAAUGCGGUUUUAAUACGGGAAACAAAACCCGACUCAUGAAAAACUCAGUUGUCUUUAUAGAUCCAAAUUUAAAUGCCAUAUAAUUAUCUCAUAUAUAAUCUAUGCUUUUCAUUAAUCUGUGUAUUUUGUGACCAAUUCCGAGUCGAAACCUUUUUAAAAAAAAUAAUUGUUAAGAUAUAGCAUCGAUAGCCAUGAAUAUGAUAUGAUAUGAAACCACUGACUGUCUCUAAGCCACAGUUAAUUCGCACUCAAAAACACAAGCAAACAGUACCACAGAAUCGAUAAGAAAUAAUUUCUUCGCGUUUAUCAAUAAAUUUCAAUCAAAAUAAAACAAAUACUCAAUACAUUUGAUUGGGUGUGUGUGUCGUUAGCAUUGGAUGUUUAAGCAGAAAAAAACUACCGUACCGUAAGUCAUGUAUGAAAACAAAAUCAACAUUUUUAUGGGUCAUCAUCGGGAUUAUGGAUCUUAACUAAUGAAUUGAAUGGGA